CGCAGGGCCCCGUCAAUGGCGGAGGAGGAGAGGAAGGAGAAGGUGGAGGCGGAGGAGGAGGAGGCGGAGGAGGAGGCGGAGGAGGCGGAGGAGGAGGCGGAGGCGGAGGAGAAGGAGGAGCCGUCGUCGUCGGAGGCGGCGGCGGCGGCGCCGGAGGAGGAGGAGGAGACGGAGGGGGAGGAGAGCGUGAAGCUGUUCGUCGGCCAGGUCCCGAAGAGCAUGACCGAGGCCGACCUCCUCGCCCUGUUCCAGGAGGUCGCCCUCGUGGACGAGGUCAACGUCAUCAAGGACAAGGCCACGCGGGCCUCCCGCGGUUGUUGCUUCGUGAUAUGCCCGUCGAGGCAGGAGGCCGACAAGGCGAUCGGCGCGUGCCACAACAAGCGGACGUUGCCGGGGGCAUCUAGUCCACUGCAAGUGAAGUAUGCAGAUGGAGAGUUAGAACGGCUAGUUUUUGACUGCAAUUCUGAACCAGAACACAAACUCUUUGUUGGCAUGCUUCCGAAGAAUGUCUCCGAAGAUGAAGUAGCUGCUGUAUUUUCAAAAUAUGGAACUAUAAAGGACUUGCAUAUAUUAAGAGGUUCUCAAAAAACCAGUAAAGGUUGCGCUUUUAUAAAAUAUGAGACGAAGGAACAAGCACUUGCAGCCCUAGAUGCCCUGAAUGGAAAGCAUAAAAUGGAGGGUUCAAGUGUUCCUCUUGUUGUCAAAUGGGCAGAUACUGAAAAGGAAAGGCAAGCUCGAAGAGCUCAGAAAGCUCAAUUUCAGAAUGCUGCUAAUAUACAAAAUACUGAUUCGCAACAUCCAUCGUUGUUUGGGGCCCUACCUAUGGGUUACAUGCCUCCAUAUAAUGGAUAUGGCUAUCAGGCUCCUGGAACUUAUGGGCUCAUGCAAUACCAAUUGCCACCGUUGCAGAAUCAAUUCCAUAACAUGAUUCCUCCUGCAAACCGGGGAAACACUUUGCGUGCAGUUUCACCUGAAGUACCUGCUAGAAAUUAUGCAUUGCCUCCUGCAAGUUAUAUGAGUUCUCCAUAUCAUGCAGUGCACGGUGUUCAGUAUCCUCUUGCAUAUCCUGGAGGAAUGAUGAGUCACCGACCUUUAAGUGGUUCUCCAAGUGCCGCUGGUCCUGUGUCUCUGGAUGGUGACUCUGCAUCAUCUUCAGUUGCCAGUCCUAGUAGUGGGGGUCAAGCUGAAGGACCACCUGGUGCUAAUUUAUUCAUUUAUCACAUACCACAAGAAUUUGGUGAUCACGAGCUUGCCAAUGCUUUUAAGGCAUUUGGUAGGGUUUUGAGUGCUAAAGUAUAUGUUGAUAAAGCAACCGGUGUUAGCAAAUGUUUUGGUUUCGUUAGUUAUGACUCGCCUGAAGCUGCCCAAUCUGCCAUUAGUACAAUGAAUGGACGUCAAUUAGGUGGUAAGAAAUUGAAAGUUCAGCUCAAAAGAGACAAUAGACAAAGUAAACCUUAUUGACAUAAGGUGAGUCAUUCAAGGAAGCUGAAUAUAUCUCCUUUAUGUGCACACGCUCCAACCUAGAUAACACGGGGUUCUCUGCAGUACAGAUCUGUGGGAUGGAUUGGAAUAAUCUUCAUCCCAUACGGUUCUCCGUCCUACUUGUAAUUGUCUGGCGGGAUUAGACUACAAACUUGUAAUUCAUGGUGCAUGUCCUGUGCCAACAUGAUUUGUAACCUUGUAUCAUGGAAGCUCAUUUAGACAUUAAUGAUUGAUUUGUUGAUUUA